AUGCUUAUCAUCGGAGAUGAUGGAAAUAUGGGCCACGCGCAUCUUGGCGCUCCUGGUACCGAUCUUCAGACACUUGUUGGCCGUGGCCCGGUCGCUCAGCGGGCUUGGUGUCCCCAAGAGCGGCAGCUGGCUCCACCCGUGCUCCAUAUCGGCCAAGCCGAAGUUUUCUUAGAGUGCGUUCGAUGUCGCAGGUAUGAGAGCGAAAGCAUUCCCGGUCAGGAAUUCGAUCCCAAACACGAUGGAAAUUACCUCUUCGUCCCGGACAUGAAUUCCCAUGGUGAGUUUGGAGGCAAGCCUACUAGCCACGUACGUAACGUGCUCUCGUGGUACGUUGUCGUUCAGGACUACACGGGUCGGAGCCUUUUCGAUACCGGGGAUAAACUCAUUGCGAUCGCGGGGCUCGCGAAACGCGUGCAACCAGUUGUCGGAGGCGAUUAUCUUGCGGGUAUUUGGAGGAGCAACAUCCAUGUUGGGCUUACCUGGAUGAUAGAAGAAACAGCUUCUGCGAUGAGAGCCCCGGUGUCGCCUUACCGUGCCCCAUCAUGGUCCUGGGCAAGCAUGGACGGCCCUGUCCGCUGGAAGGACCUCGACCAUGACAUCGUAUCAAAAGGUGAAUCGUUGAAGUCCGCGAUGGACAUUAUGGACACCACAGUAAGUUUGGCUGGGACCGAUCCCUUUGGCGCAGUCGUAUAUGCGGAACUUGUCGUCUCGGGUCAACUGAGAAGCACCUUAUCGGACAUGCUCCUGCAUAAUGAGGUGUUGGAUUAUUCUACGUGGGAGCGUACAGGUCUCUAUUAUCCGCCGUCUGUGGGAGGCUGGUAUAUGGAAGAUGAAAAGAGGCCUUGGCAAGAUGAAGAGAGAAUUUGUCUGAAGAUUAUGACCCGAGCCGUAUACGGGCUGAGUCAAGAACUGGUGCAUGAUAUCCUGAUAUUAGAACGUGUACAGAGCAUGAAUGAUGACGAUGAAGCUGACGGUGACGGUCUCGAAACAUACAGGAGGAUCGGCUAUGGUGAAAUAAUGGUUGCCGACUACUUUGUUGACUGUCCUGCAAGAACAGUCAGAGGAUGA